AUGGGAUGGGACUGUCCGAAACGACAAACCACAGCUGAUUUCUUAACUUCGUUGACUAAUCCUGCUGAAAGGGUUCCAAGACCAGGAUAUGAGGACAAACUUCCAUACACACCCGUAGAAUUCGAAGAAUAUUGGAAGAAGUCACCUCAAUAUAAGAAAUUAAUAGAAGAUAUUGAAGAAUAUUUGAAGCAGAAAGAGGGCUCCGACCGGGAUUUAUAUCACCAAGCGCAUGUUGCAAGACAAUCGAACCAUAUUUCUCAAAAAUCUUCUUUCACAGUUUCGUUUUUUAUGCAAACUAGGUAUAUCAUGAGUAGAAACAUAUUGAGGACAAAGGGUGAUCCAUCUAUAGCACUACAGUCCAUUGCAUUACAGGUAGUUAUGGGCUUAAUUAUAGGCUCUACUUACUAUAACUUGGAAACUACCACUGGGUCAUUGUUUUACAGAGAAGCUGUGUUAUUUUUUGCUAUUUUAUUCAACUCAUUCUCAUCUAUUUUAGAGAUUAUGUCAUUAUUUGAAGCUAGACCAAUUGUGGAAAAGCAUAAACAAUACGCUUUAUAUCGACCCUCAGCUGAUGCGUUGGCGGGUAUUAUCACUGAAUUACCUACUAAAUUUUUCAUGUCUAUGGGUUUUAAUUUUUUUGUUUACUUUUUGAGUAAUAUGAGGCGUGAUGCUGGGAGGUUUUUCUUCUAUUGGCUAAUGAAUGCACUCUGUACUUUGGUUAUGUCACAUUUUUUCAGAUCGUUGGGAGCUGUUUCUACAUCAUUUCCAGGCGCUAUGACUCCUGCUACAGUAGUAUUGUUAGCCAUGGUUAUAUUUUCUGGUUAUUGUAUUCCACCUCCCAAUAUGUUGGGAUGGUCAAGAUGGAUUGGUUAUAUAAAUCCAGUUUCAUAUGUAUUUGAAGCGUUAAUGAUAAAUGAGUUUAACGACCGUGAAUUUACAUGCUCUGCAUUUGUUCCAGCUGGUCCAAGUUAUAUGGAUAUUAGUAGCGACCAAAGUAUCUGCUCUGUUACGGGUAGCCGUCCAGGCUUAUCUUUUGUCAAUGGUUCAGAUCAUAUUGCUGUUACAUAUGAAUACUAUAAUAGCCAUAAAUGGGGAUGCUUUGGUAUUAUUGUUGGUUUUAUUGUUUUCUUCCUUGUUUUAUAUGUUAUUUUAAGUGAAUUCAAUAAGGGGUCUAUGCAAAAAGGUGAAGUUACCUUAUUUUUGAAGAGUUCAUUAAAAGAGCAUAAAAAACAGGCUGCUAAGGGUGCAGCCACUACUAAGGAUAUUGAGAACUCUAAUAUUUCAAAUGAAAAAAUUUCCCACAAGGAUCAGUUGGAUGCAAAUAAAGAAGAAAAUAAUAAUAAUAAUAAUGCAUUACCGUCCUCUAAAGAUAUUUUUCACUGGAGAGAUUUAACGUAUCAAGUUAAGAUUAAAUCAGAAGAUCGUGUUAUUUUGAAUCAUGUUGAUGGAUGGGUCAAGCCCGGUCAAUUAACAGCAUUAAUGGGAUCCUCGGGUGCUGGUAAGACCACCUUAUUGAAUUGUUUAUCCGAAAGAGUUACAUCUGGUAUCAUUUCCGACGGAACUAGAAUGAUCAAUGGGCAGGAGUUAGGCUCUUCGUUUCAGAGGUCAAUUGGUUAUGUCCAACAGCAAGAUUUGCAUUUGCCCACCUCCACUGUGAGAGAAGCGCUAAGAUUUUCUGCUCAAUUAAGACAACCAAACUCAGUUUCGAUUCAGGAAAAGAACGAAUAUGUCGAGUAUAUUAUUCACUUAUUGGAUAUGAACCUUUAUGCUGAUGCGUUGGUUGGUGUUGCCGGUGAAGGACUUAAUGUUGAACAACGUAAGAGGUUGACGAUUGGUGUUGAAUUGGUUGCCAAACCAAAAUUACUAAUAUUCUUAGACGAACCUACUUCAGGUUUAGAUUCUCAAACAGCGUGGUCUAUUUGUAAGUUGAUGAGGAAAUUAGCUGACCAUGGCCAAGCAAUUUUGUGUACUAUCCAUCAGCCAUCAGCAAUUCUAUUACAGGAAUUUGACAGGCUUCUAUUUUUACAAAAGGGUGGUAAAACUGUAUAUUUCGGCGACUUAGGAGAGAACUGUCAUACAUUGAUUGAUUACUUUGAGAAAUAUGGUGCACAUCACUGCCCAGAAGAGGCGAAUCCAUCGGAAUGGAUGUUAGAGGUUGUAGGUGCUGCACCAGGUAGUCACGCCAAUCAAGACUAUCAUGAAGUCUGGAAAAAUUCAGCAGAGUAUCAAAUGGUUAAAGAUCAUUUAACAGAAAUGGAAACCGAAUUAGUCAAAAUUCCAAGGGAUGAAUCACAAGAAGCCAAAAGGUCAUUUGCCGCACCAAUUUGGAAGCAAUAUCUUAUUGUUACCAAGAGAAUCUUUGAACAAAAUUGGAGAUCUCCAUCAUAUAUAUAUUCCAAACUAAUCUUGGUUAUCUCAUCGUCAUUAUUUAACGGUUUUGCAUUUUUUAAGGCUGAUAGAUCAUUGCAAGGAUUACAAAAUCAAAUGAUUUCCAUAAUCCAGUUUCUAGUCCCAUUUAUGACGUUAGUUCAACAAAUGAUGCCAUAUUACAUUAAACAAAGAGAUAUUUACGAAGUUAGAGAGGCUCCAUCGAAGACCUUUAGUUGGUUUGCAUUUAUAACGGCUCAAAUUACUUCCGAAAUUCCAUAUCAAGUUGUCAUUGGUACGCUUGGAUUCUUUUGUUGGUACUACCCUGUUGGUUUGUAUGAUAAUGCGGUCCCUACUGAUUCUGUUGAUAGUCGAGGUGUCUUGAUGUGGUUAUAUAUUACUGCUUUCUAUGUCUACACCUCAACCAUGGGCCAAUUAUGUAUUUCAUUUAUUGAAGUGCCUGAAAAUGCAGCUAAUUUGGCAGUUAAUUUAUUCACUGUAUGUUUGAUCUUCUGUGGUGUCUUGGCUCCCUAUGAUUUUUUGCCGGGUUUCUGGACAUUUAUGUAUAGGUGCUCGCCCAUGACUUAUUUUGUCCAAGGUAUGGGAUCAACUGGAUUAUCAAAUGUUGAAGCGGUAUGUUCAGAAUCUGAGUUAUUGAGAUUUGAGCCUAGAAGUGGUCAAACAUGUGGUAGUUACAUGGCUGAUUAUAUCAAACAAACCGGAGGUUAUUUGGUCGAUGGAAACGCUACUUCAAAGUGUGAAUAUUGCACCACAAAGUCCACCAAUGAUUACUUGGCUAGUGUAGAUUCAUUGUUCAGUGAAAGAUGGAGAAAUUGGGGAAUAGUGAUCUGCUUUAUUGCAUUUAAUAUAAUUUUUACAGUUUUUUUCUACUGGAUAGCUAGAGUUCCAAAGAGCAACAGACAAAAGAAGUAA